CACGUCAACAGCUACUUGUCGUCUCUGUCAGUUGUCUAAGAUACAGUUCAUUACAGACGGAUAGUUCAAAGUGCUCACAUUCAAAAUCAGACAGUUUUGGGACAAAACAAAGUGACGAGAUUAAGGAGUUACCGGCUUUGUGUGGGAAAUAGUCUUGGAUGACAGCAGCAAAAAUUCGUGGAAAUAUGCCCCACGAAGAAAACUCCAUCGCUGGUCAGCUGGUCGAAAGAAAACCGAUAAAAUAACCUGGACUUGACUUGAGGCGACCUCACCUCUUUUGCUGACAUUAUUAACAUGUGCAUUUCUUUAAAGAAAACAGUAAUCAGGAAUUUAUAUUUCUCUAACCGUGUCAGAAAUUAAACCUGGGGAAAACUAGAGCACAGCCCCUUCUGUAACUCGGGGAGACGCCGAUUUUGUGCGCGUCUCUUUGACGCGGCCCGUAACGUAAGACAGGGUCUUCCCAGCCGGUAGAGGGCAGUAAGUUUCGGAAAUGGGGGUAUAUUCUUGCAGCCGCACCGCCAGGACUCUUUCUGUCGCUCGGCCGUUUUAAUCCGGCUCCAGUUUCCAGGUAAAGCGCAGCUGUCGAGUGGGAGCGGAGGCGCUGGAGCCGGGGCCUGGGAGAGUCUGAGUGCGCCGCGGUGUCGAAUAGGGGGCGCAGCCGAGGACAUGCGACUUCCCGCCGGCGAGGGCUGCAAGACAACACUGACCUCCGGGGCAGCCAGAGCGGGUUACAGACACGACCCAGUCCGCGGACUGCGGGAGCCUCGGGAUUAGUUUUCUUGGCGAGGGGGAAGAUCGGGUUGUGUUACUCCGGCCCUGCUCCCGGGACACAGGUAUUUUGAGCGAGGUUGGUCGGACCUCGGAAGGCACCGUGCGCCUGGUAACCCCGAGCAGGAGACCGAGAGCCCCGGCUUGUCGGCUCUGCCAGACCCCGGUCUCCAGCAUUUCAUUACCAUUCCUCCUGGAGGAGCAGACAGCGGGGGAGGAGUGUGCCACAAAUAAAUACGGGACCUGGGGAAAGAAAAGAAAAUACGGCCGAGCUGUGACCAUCAUCACACCCUUAGUCGCUGAUGGAGACGUCUUCAGCAUUCGGACUCUGCAAAAGCCAAUGUAUUGCAACCGUGAAAGCCCAGGAGGUCAGAGGUGGACAGAAGGAGCCCAGGCUCCUCUCCCUCAUCGAGGCCGCAGGGGAGUACAAGUUAGAUGUUUUAGCAAAUCCCGAAGCAGUGGUGAACUGUCCCGUACCUCAGCUCUCCAUACCGAUCAACAGUCGCUUUCACCUGGUGCAAGAAGCAGAGGAGGCACUUCUCAUUGACAUCCCAGUGAAUUCCUCGUGUCGGAUCCGGGUGCGAGGGGAGCGUGCUCCAGAGCUGCUGCUGGAGCUGCCGGACGAUGACCGGAGCCAGGCCUUCCUGUCGCAGGUCAAAGCGGUCAAGCAGCAAGUGGUCUCCAGGAGCCAGCCCCCAGUGAAGAUGGACCCCUCCGCUCCAGUAUCAGAUAAGGUCCAGGUGCCCAGGCCUGCUCAGAACAACACUAACAGACUGGCCAGCGUACAGCCCGCUGCGCCCAGCACCCACGGCGUGAGGACCACCAAUUCACUGCCUCACAAACCUGACCCCUUCACCACAGAUCCCCGAGGUCCCUCUCAAUCCCUGGCGUCCGAUUUCGGCUUCGAAGAGAGUUUUGCGACCGCGUUGAAGAUGGAGGAGAAGAACAAUCAGCAGAACCGCCUGGGCGCCCCCCGGGAACCCCCCCCAGUCCCGCCCCUCCCGCCGCGGAGGAGCUCCAACCCUCCGAGCUCCGGCCCGGCCCCCAGGGACAGACCUCAGCCUGCGCAAGCGAGAGAUGGGCCCCCUGGGAACGCUGCGAGCAAGGACAGUUCCAGGUUCCCAGGUGAGAGGUCGCAGGCGUGGAAUGACAGCCCCACCCACAUGUCCAGCACCAUGCGGCACAUGUUUACCAGCUCCGCGGGGCAACGGGAGGGCCUGAUCAAGCACCGGCUGGUGAAGAAGGAGAAGGAGUAUGUGGACUUUCAGAACUUCAGUUUCCAGGAGCUGGACCUCAGCACAGAGGCCUUCUUGUAUUUAGACUCUUCCAAAGAACAGCCCUGGGUGGACUCAGUGGAGAGGAGCUUGCACCCAAAAGCCAAGUACAAAAGAAUCCGCCAGAUCCGCCUGGUGGGAAUGAUGCUGUUGAUCUACAGCAAGAAGGAGCACAAGAACCACAUCCGAGAGGUGGUGGUCGAGUCUGUGGGAACUGGCAUUAUGGGGAAAAUGGGCAACAAAGGGGGCGUGGCGGUGAGGUUCGUGUUCCACAACACCAGCUUCUGCAUCGUGAACUCGCACCUGGCGGCCCACGUGGAAGACUUCGAGCGCCGCAACCAGGACUACAAGGACAUCUGCGCCAGAAUGAGCUUUCACCUCCAGGACUGCCCGCCGUGUAGCAUCGUGAAGCACGACGUGGUGAUCUGGCUGGGCGACCUCAACUACCGGCUCUUUCUGUACGAUGCAGCUGAAGUUAAAGCACUAAUUGCACAGAGGGAUUUAAAGAAGCUGCAGGAAUACGACCAGCUCAAUAUCCAAAGACAGACGAAGAGAGCUUUCACCGACUUCCUGGAGGGAGAGAUCAAAUUCAUACCGACGUACAAAUACGAUGCCAAAACGGACAGAUGGGACUCCAGUGGGAAGUGCCGCGUGCCGGCCUGGUGUGACCGGAUCCUGUGGAGGGGGAGCAGCGUGACGCAGCUCCAGUACCGGAGCCACAUGGAGCUGCAGACCAGCGACCACAAGCCCGUCAGCUCGCUCUUCAACGUCGGGGUGAAGGUGGUGAACGAGCAGCGCCACAAGAAGGUCUUUGAAGAGAUCGUGCGCUUGCUGGACAGGAUGGAGAACGACUUCCUGCCGUCCUUAUCGCUGAGUCGGAGGGAGUUCGUGUUCGAGAGCGUGAAGUUCCGGCAGCUGCAGAAGCAGCCCUUCCUCAUCACCAACGACGGCCAGGUCCCCUGUCAGUUCGCCUUCAUCCCCAAGCUGAACGACACGCAGUACUGCAAGCCCUGGCUGCGGGCGGACCCCUGCGACGGCAUCCUGGAGCCCAACGAGACGCUGGAGAUCUUCCUGGAGGUGUACGUCAGCAAGGACUCGGUGACCAUGCUGAACUCCGGCGAGGACACCAUCGAGGACAUCCUGGUGCUGCACCUGGACCGCGGGAAGGACUACUUCAUCACCAUCGGGGGCAACUACCUGCCCAGCUGCUUCGGCACCUCGCUGGAGACGCUGUGCCGCAUGAGGAAGCCCAUCCGAGAGAUCCCCAUCACCAAGCUCAUCGACCUGGGAGAAGAUAGCUGUCUGGAGAAGGAGAGGACUCGAGUCAGCCACCUCCUCGUGGACAACGCCGAGACGGAAGACAAGCCACUGAAGAUUCCCAAGGAAGUGUGGCUGCUUGUAGACCAUCUGUUCACCAAGGCCUGUCAACAGGAGGAUCUCUUCCAGACGCCUGGGAUGCAGGAAGAACUGCAGAACAUCAUUGAUUGUCUAGACACCAGCAUUCCCGACACCAUCCCUGGCAGCAACCACUCGGUGGCCGAGGCCCUGCUCAUUUUCCUGGAGGCCCUGCCGGAGCCGGUGGUCUGUUACGAGCUGUACCAGCGGUGCCUGGACUGCUCCCACGACAGCCGUUUCUGCCGCCAGCUGAUCUCCCAGCUGCCUCGAGCUCACCGCAAUGUUUUCCGGUACCUCCUGGCGUUCCUGCGAGAGCUGCUGAAGUACUCGCAGCACAACAACCUCACUGCCAGUCUGAUCGCCACGCUGUUUGCCAGUCUUCUCAUCCGGCCUCCCCCGAACCUCAUAGGCAAGCAGACGCAGCAGGACCGUCAGAAAGCCAUAGACUUCAUCCUGGGCUUUCUCAUGGGCGGCGACGACGAGUGAGGGCGCCUGGGGUCGGGGGUCACCCCCAGCCUCCGUGCAGCGGCAGCGGCGCCGUGGUGGAGCGGAGCUGGGCGAAGGCCAGCCGGCUGCCGCUGGGGCCUGCUGGUCGUGGGCCGGGCACUGGGCAGGGAACCGCAGAGCAGGAAGAAGGCUGGGUCCCCCUCUCCACACACGUACCCCUGUAUGGUCCCAACAUGACCGCUGUGGUGCACCUGGAGACGACGUAGCGCCCCGAUUCUCAUCCGUUCCACUCCGGCAGCAUUACUUCCACUGUUCCUGGUCUCUCCCUGCUCCCUGAGGCCUGUUUCUCAAUGCUAGGUGACCAUCCACAGUUUAAACAGCCACCGGAGCCUAUAAAGGUUUUAAAUCAAUGCCAUUGCAUUGCCACCUUUAUACAGAGCUGUGGCAGUGGUUUGCAUCACUUCGAAACCUCAAACACUUCCCCUGUCCUUGGAGUCAAAUCCGCUCGAUUGCAUUAAAUCCAUCUUCCCAGUUCUGUGUGGAAGGAUGGGUGCCCAUUUUGUGCCAAAGGUUCCUGAUCUGUUGAGUCUGAAUGUGUAUAUAAAUGCCCAUAAGUAAAAACACCAUAAUAUUACACUAAAGCCAUCACACUAAAGCUGGUGCCUUCUGCACCGAGGGUUCGUGCUGCUCAUCUGUAUCGGGGUGCAGAAAAACUGAGUUUCUCGAAGAACUCGAAGGAACUGCCUGUGGUCCAGCUGAGCCGGCCUUGGACAGUAGCGAGGAAACCUUCCUGGAAAAAAAAACAAACGUGGAGAAUAAACUUUGGUCUUGAGGCCCUUAGAAGAAAUCGAGACAAUCAUCUAGCGCCUGUGCAGCGAGACUCCUUGAAAGCCGCCCACCACAGAGCUGGUCUGGGCGAGAGCCGCCAGGAGCUCCUCCCAGUCCGUCGUUUCCACCCGGCCCGCUCCUCCUCUCCCGCGUCCCGUGGGUCUCGCUGAGCUGUUUCGUGUGUCGUGCUGCUGUGGAUGUGGGGAGGGUGGCUGUUCCUGUCGCACUGCUGCUCAAGAAGAGGGGAGUGAGGUUCUGGGAGAGCAAAGCCGAGCGCCGGGGCGUUGGCUCGACGGCCGCAUUGCGAUUGCUCCGCAGAGAGCGCAGCUGUCCUGUGACUCUCCCCUGUGCUCCAGCCUCACUCUUCACGACGUCACCAUUCCUGAAGCCUCCCGCCCACGUCUUUCUCGGAAUAUUUCCAUUCCAGCUUUCUGGAAAGAUGGUUGCUGAAGACCUGCCCCGUGGCGUCGACGUCUUAAUCUCUGCUGCAGCCAGAGCAGCUGUUUCCUUGUCCUGCAGUGUGCUGUUGGACUGUGUUGUCACACUGUUCUGUGGUGCAAGAAUGUUUUCUGUGUAUAUGUAUGUCUUUGGGACUGAGUGGCGUGUAGAUGGUACGAUAAAAACAUUUCGUU